ACGCUGGGCAGUACAGGGGCCAGGCAGUUAGCAGCAGUCAGGGGCCUGGAAAUCCACUCCUCUGCUGAUCGUCUUAGGUGUAUGUACUGUGUGCCCACCCAUUCCUUUGAGUUUCAGCUCCUGUGAGAAAACAAUCCACCUCCCUGCUCCACCUUGUUCUUUCACUUGGGUCACCUGCCCAGAGCUAUUGGAGGCUUGGGGGACAGAAAGGGGAGGGGCACGGUGUAACCUAACACCUUUGUUCCCCCUUUUCAGUGGAUUAGUGUUAACUACUCUGACGUGGGUCCCCUCAGCAGGUGAGACAGUGUUCCCUCUGCCCUGCCUUUCAGUGCCUGCUGCAGACGCCUAGCCCUGCCCCACCCACUGCAGGACCAGGAGGGCACUGUGACUCUGGGGACAGAGCCCCCAAAGGCCAAUGCGAGACCGGCUGGAAGAGGCCGGGGGGGAAGUACUUACACAGCUGGCGUCUGGAAGUACUGCUUCGCCGACUCCGGGCUUCCCAGCAGGCCAGGCGCCUGGCAGCAACGUGGCAGUGCUGGGUAGAUGCUCUAGGGACGGAGCAGCUGGCACGUACUCUGCUCAGGCAGUGGCGUCUGGGAUGGACCUGGAGGCUGUGGCGACAGCAGGUCCUGCGACUGCAGGUGGCUCAGCGGUUACAGCAGCGUGAAGACAGCUGGGCCCUUUACCAGGUACUGG